AUGGUAUUGGAGUAUGCAGAACAAGAUUUGAAAUCACAUCUUAAAAUGCGUCGAGAAAGCGAGGCCCUAUCAGAUCACUUUGUGGCUUUUAUUUGGUCAGAGAUGCUUGCCUGUGUCAAGGUUAUUCAUGAUCGACGAAUAAUUCAUCUCGACUUGAAGCCGGAGAACUUUGUGAUUGUAAAUGGAAUGCUCAAGUUGAUUGACUUGGGGAUUAGUCAACGACUCCCGGUUGAUUGUACUCAUAUGGAUUUGCAAAAACCCAUGGGCUCGCUUAUUUAUAUGAGCCCUGAACAACUUAUCAGCGUGCUCAAGGGACAAGCACCGGAAGUAGUACCUGGACAAGAAUCAAAGAUGCGAUUGAAAACUGAUGUUUGGGCCCUGGGAGCAAUCCUCUUUGAAAUAGUACAUGGGACCUCCCUCUUUGGGCGCAUAAAUCAAACUGCAAUAAUAGCAGCCAUCAUUUCUCCAACUACAAUCAACUUUCCUCCUGUUGAGAACCCGAUGCUAGAUAUGUCUCUAAAACGAAGUAUUGUCAGGGAAGUCGACAAGCGGGCUACAGUUGACGAGCUGAUUUGCAUUUGUUCCAGACCUCCUUGA